AGCAACAGUCAUGGAAGACAUACUUUAGAGAAAAAUUCAGAAGAAGAUCUUUUAUUCAUUAAUAAAUAUGUGUUCUUGAAGUUCAGUUAUGAUCCCUUCAGUUCCAGGUCCAAUCCUUCCCCCAACCACCUAUUGAAAAUUCAUUUGUCCUACAAAUUACUCUGCCCUCCUUGACUUUUGCCUUAUACUUGUUUGGUGAUUCACCCAAUCCUUCUCGCACUAAAUCUCAUUAGCUUUGUAGUCAAGUUCUCAAGCAUAGAAGAAUCCAAUCUAUUGGGUAUCUUCAGCUGAAGAAAGUCUUUAACAUCCACCUGUAUAUCUGGACACUUCUCACCAAUCAACUGAAGUGCUGCUCAGAGUCCUGAAAUACAUUCAGAGUCCAAGUAAUAUUCAGUGCCUAACUGGGUUUCCGCAGUAAUUUUGAGCACCCUACUGCUCUUUUAAGUGUGUGUGAGCACUGAACUGAUCUUUUGUACAGUAUUUUUCAGCACUCAACUGAUGGUUUGCACAAAAUCCUGAGACAGAGCUCGUGGGUGGAAGUUGAUCAAAUGCAGGCCAAGGCAAGUACAUAAAAGCAGAGACACGUGCAAUUUGUGUUGUCGAUGUUUGCAUGCAAUUAAAGAUAAAGAAUGGGUAAAGUAAGGAAACUGGUUGUUGAGGUAGUUGCUGCUCACAACUUGAUGCCCAAGGAUGGUCAGGGUUCUUCGAGUGCCUUUGUAGAAGUAGACUAUGAUAAUCAAAGGAGUCGAACUCGUACCGCGGAGAAAACUCUUAAUCCUGUUUGGAAUAAUGAGAGAUUGGUGUUUGAUGUGCCCAAUCCAAUGAAUUUGCACAAUCAGGUUCUUCAAAUAUAUGUGUGGCACGAGGAGAAUCCUCCUCCAGGUAGAAAAUUUCUGGGCAAGGUGAAAAUUCAUGGUAGCACUAUUGUCAAGCAAGGAGUAGACGACGUACUAAAGUUUAACUUGGAGAGGAGGAGUAUUUUUUCUUAUAUCAAGGGAGAUAUUGAAUUGAAAAUUUAUACUUUUGAUGAGGAAGAAAAAAAGAAGAGUGGUGGAGGAGGAGGAGAAAAAAUUCAGCAAAUUGAGUGGAAGGAAAAGGAGGUGAAGCAAGAGAAGCAGGAGACAAAAGAGGAGGAGAAGCCGGAGAAGCAGGAGAAAGCAGAGAAGCAGGAGGCAACGGAGAAACAGGAGAAAGCAGAGAAGCAGGAAGCAACAGAGAACCAGGAAAAACCAGAGAAGCAGGAGGCACCAGAGAAGCAGGAGAAAGCAGAGAAGCAGGAGAAAGCAGAGAAGCAGGAGGCAACAGAGAAACCUGUGUUGGAGGUGAAGGAUGAACCUUUUUCUUUUAUGGAUCAUUGAUACUAGUCAUAUGGUUUGGGUGGUAAACAGAUUGUGAAGUUGUGGUAAAUUAGAAAAGAAAUAAUGGAUGGUAAUGGCCCAUUUAUUAUGAGCUGAUGUUGGAAUGCAUACAUUAUAUAGAUUAGUUUGACAAUGUACUUUUUAUCUAUUAUAAAUAUAAAUAAUAUAAUAAUUUAUAUAUAUUUGAGAAUUUUGUUGUUAUUA